AUGAAUAUAGAAGAAGAGGUAAGAGAUGCCAUGAAGAAAAGAAAUUACAAAAAAGCAGAAAGUCUUUUUUCCAAGCACAUAAGCGAGUCAUUUUCAGUUGAGAUGCACGCGGAGUAUUUGGCAUUCAUUAACGCAACAAACAAGGAUAUGAUGAAGGAUGCAUUGGCUUUUUCUUAUAAUCAUACUUUAUACAACACAGACAGCCUGGAUAUUAAAAUACAGUAUUUAGAGUCAAUUAUGGAAGAAAAUGACCCGGAAAGAGUAAAGGAGGUUUACACAAGCAUACUGGAGAUUCCAAUCAAAAAGGUAGACACUAUAAUAGAACUGUACAAAAACUUUGAAAACACAAAGAGUAAAAUAAAGAAGAAGGAUAGUGAUCUGCUAUCAAAGGAAAUAGUGGCAGUAGAAGAGUCCAAAGCAAUACAGAAAUUAAAUGAUAUGCAGGCAAUAGAAUACUUUCUGCUGCAGUACAAGAACAAUUAUCCUAUAUAUACCAUAGAAUACAUAUUAUAUAAUGUGGAUUGCGCUCUGAGCAAUGGUAAAAUAAAGAAUCGAAGUAGAAAUAAGAUGUUGUUUUAUAAGAUACUGAUCUUGUCGAAGAAGGUGGAUAAGAAGAAUAUUAUAGAUAAAAAUAGCAAAGAGAUCAUUUUAGCAAAGGGUGUUUCAGAGAAGAACCAGAAGAUUAGUGGGAUGCUUUGGAGUGAAAUAAGAAAUACAAAUGACAUACUUCCUUUGUUGCCGCUGCUUAUAGGGUACACCUUUGACAUCGACCAGCUCUUGGCAAUUGCGCCUCCUGGAAUAACUAAAAAAAGCGAGUCAUUCUACUUGAUCCUCUUUGGGGCAAUUUUGAAGCACAGAGGCAUUGAAGGAAUGCGAAAGUAUCUGAUUAAGCUAACAAAAGAGAGGAAAAUCGGGUGGAUAUCAUACAACUACUGCGCAAGAGUGGAGGGCCUAAUAGGAGGAGGAAAUAAGUAUGCAGGUGGGAUACUUUUAACAGCCCUGAAGAUAUUUAUUAAGGGUGAAGACAGCAGAUAUUACAUGUCUGCAGAGGAGAACGCGUACAAGCUAGCAUUGAAUGGGACACAGCUGCUCCUUUCACUGGGAGAUGCACAAAGAGCCCACAUUUUAAUAGAGCUUUAUAAUAAAGAGAAGGGGAAGGAGCAGCUUGCGCAUGCAACCUUUAAGAUUAGAGAGGGAGAAGAGGAGAAAGACCCAAAGCUUAUGAUGAUAAAGCACCAGAUGCUGUACGAGUCUGGGUUUGCUGCGCUUCUAACUAUCUCCAAUACAUAUAGCUACGGGGAUCUUUUUGAUUUCCUGUGCAGAGUGUAUCGAAUAGAGGACGAGGAUGAAGUGCCUAUGCCUCCUGUGCUCAAGAAAUUAAUUGAAGAGCUUCCAAAAAUAAGAGAGUCCCAGGAUAUCUUUAGCGGUGUAGAUAUAAACAGCAUAAUUGACAUGCUAAUAGAUAUAGAGAUAUGA